GACAAAGUGAAGACGCUUAGUUUCGACACAGUUGCCAAUCUAAUCCAGCCUUGCAGUUGGUAUCGACCUCUCAGCCUGCUGCUGUGUGCCGUUCAAGCAUGUCUACAGAGUUGGAGCUGCCCUUCCGGCUGGACACGCAACUAACAGAGGUGAUGCGCCUGCGGGUUCAGUCUCUGCAGCAGCGAGGCCAGAAGAGGCAGGACGGUGAACGCCUGCUGCUGCCCAACGAGGCCGUGUACCGACUGGACUUCUCCAAACAGUCCCUCCGAUUCUCACGGUGGAUGGUGCAGCUGGCCCAGACGGGACGCCUCACCGUCACGGCCACCUCACAGCUCUGGACGCCCGACCUCACCAACCUGAUGACACGUCAGCUGCUGGAGCCCGUCGGGGUUUUCUGGAGGGCGCCGGGCGACGCCAGCGACGCGCCCAUCCAGUGCUACGAGGCUGACGCACACGAGUUUGGUGAGAGGAUCGCAGAGUUGGCCAAGGUAAGGAAGGUGAUGUACUUCCUAUUUGCAUUUGCAGACGGCUGCAGCCCUGAGACUGUCGACUGCUCCAUCGCCUUCACAGCGGACAGCUGAGACCUCAAGAAAUUGGACAUAGGUUACUUGCUACAAACUCUCCUUCUGUGCUUGUGUGCUUUUAGUUGAGGAAGCAAAGUUAAUUUUGGGUUAAACCUGCUUUUUUUGCAUGGAUGGAUCUGUCUUACGUGUUAGCACAAGAGAAAGCCUACAAUAUUACAUCAUCU